AUGUUUGUGAACGACGGCAAUGUGAUGAACAAAAGAGAUUCUCUGUGGUGGCGCGACUUAAUGCUGAUCAAUGAUUGUGCAUCAUCUAAAGGUAUUUCCGCUUCUGAUCUAUUUUCGUGCAGGGUAAAAAAUGGCACCAAAACCUCCUUCUGGUUCAGCAAAUGGAUUGAGAACCAAUUGCUCUCCGAGGAUUUCCCGGAACUGUACGCGAAGGCUGAGAAUCCCUUCAUGUCGGUUGCUGAUGCUGGCCAUUGGGAUGGGGCAGUUUGGUGCUGGGACGUGGAUCAUUGGCUUACCGAAUAUGAUGAAGAUGAUGAGUUCUUGAUUCAAGCUAUGGCGGAAAUGUUGUACCAGUUCCAGCCAGAGCAACAGGCAGAAGAUGAAUUCAAGUGGGCGGAUGAUACCGAGGAAGAUUUCACGGUCAAAUUGUGUGCCCACACGAUAAGGAAACGUGAUACUGAGAACAUGGUGGGGAAUUCUGAGAGAAAAAUGCUGAAUUUUAUGUGGGAUAUCAAGGCUCCAUCAAAGGUGAAAAUAUUUGCCUGGAGAUUGAUAUUGGAUAGACUUCCAACGAGAGAUCAAUUAAAGAAGAGAAGAAUAUUGGAUAAUGAUCGAGACUGCUGCUUAGUCUUAUGCUCUGGGGAAGAGGAGAGUUCUAAACAUCUUUUCGAAUCGUGUCCCAUCACAAGAAAGAUUUGGAAUAGAGUUGGAGGGUGGAUAGGAGAUUCUUGCAAACUCUCUAUAGAGGAGUUAUCUUCUUUCUUUACUGUUGCUGAGAAAAUUAAGGGUGUAGAGGAAAGAUUAACUAUAGGAGUGAUUUGGUUAGCGGUGGUGUGGAACAUUUGGAUGAUGAGGAAUGCAAUUAUUUUUAAUGGUUGUAGCUUUAUUUUCGAUGACUGCUAUAACGCUAUUGUUUUAGCUUCUUGGAAAUGGUUCCGCCUAGUUAACUCUUCUUCUAUAUCCUGUAAUUUUCAUUUUUGGAACAUUCUACCUCUAUCUUAUAUAAAGAGGCUUAUACAGAUGAUCGCGUCAGCCAUCUUAGACACACAUUCAACUUUUAUUCUGGGCAGCCAAAUUAUUGAUGAUAUUUCAAUAGAAAAUGAAAUUGUAGACGAACUCAAACGCAAGAAAAAAGAAGUGAUUAUGUUUAAGUAUAUGCUAAUUAUGAAUGAUAAAAGUGGGGGAACAUCAAGACCAUAA